ACUGGGUCAACCCCCCACUGACACCUUAAUGUGGGCUUAAUGAUGACACGAUGCCCACGUCUCCCAAAGAAUUCACACCUGUAUUCAUGUAAACUCGGCCACACCCACCUUGAUUCAGACCCUGAAACCUGUGAGCCUAACAGCGAAUACAGGGACAGUCAACAACUCUUAGGACCGCCUUGAAUCCCAGUGGAGGUUAAAUACCUGGCUCUCUCCAGCAAACUUUAGAUCUGGACUCCAGUUUUCUUCACUUGCUGUUCCUCUGCAGGCUGAUUUAGCUGAACUCAAGAAGAUUUUUGAAGCUCUCAACACAAGAUUAGGUGAAUACUGGGCCAACCAUCGCAGGACUAUGAACUCUCCUCACUGGACUCCUCACUGGACUCCUCACUGGACUCCUCACUGGUCUCCUCAGUGGACUCCUGGGGGACUGGAGCCCUCCAUGAACUCAUAUCUGAUUCCAAACCUCCACCAAGAUGUGGGAAUGAACACACAGGAGCUGGCUGUGACCGUUCCUAAGCCUGUGCACGUAAAGAAGGGGAUGUUUUCUGCGCUGCACAGUAAAGUUUCAGAAGCUGGCAUCCCGGUCACUGCAACACAUUUUGACCUGCAGCGGGAAAUGCUCUGGAUGGGAAACUACACGGGUCAUGUACAAUCCUUCCUUGGACCUACAAUGGCACACUACUCUUCUUUCCAAGUGCACGCAACUGAUGCCAUCAGACACAUGCAGAGUUUGGACACAGGCGUGCUCUUCCUUUCUAAAUGCAACCUCAGAUGUUACACUUGUGGAGGCCUGGUCAUGUCUGAUUAUUGGAUGGAAGAAGGAGCUGAUAUGCACAGUCUCCUCAUGACUGAUAACAUGCUGCUCAUGGGGGGAUUACAAAACUAUGUGGCUGAAGUUGACUUGAAUACACUUCAAGAAACUCAAAAAGUGACCCUUCGAGACUUGCAUACAUUUAGGACACAAAAGUUUGAUGCAUUUCCUGGCGGCCUGUCAGACUUUGAUGUUCACGGAAACCUCUUGGCUGUGAGUGGGUUCUCCAGCCGAGGGCCGAAUGAACGUUUCCUCAUGGUGUAUGACCUCCGCAGGAUGCGAGCUGCAACCCCCCUUUGGGUGCAUGUGGAUCCCUUCUUCGUGCGCUUCAUUCCUACCUACACGUCACGGCUCGCAAUCAUCUCACAGACAGGUAUGAAGCUGGCCUGGAAUCAUAACCUGUGGCCCUGCUCUCCCAUCCCCACUGUCCAGGCUACACCCAGCUCAAGAUGGGCUCCUGGGAUGGAGCCAGAAAUCCCACAAACUAUUGAAAGUGUUGGCUUCAACAGUUAUGUGGAAAAUCCUUACGCCUGCCCCUGUAACCAGGUCCCUGCCAACGAAGAAGGGACACCUGGUCAUGGUUAUUACAACCAUGUCCCUGAAUCUCCAACACAGAGUGAUGAAGAGCCGCUCCUUCACACUGUUCCAGAAAAGUACAGAAAGGUGACAAUUAAAUACUCUAAAUGUGGACGGGAAGAUUUUGACUUCAAACAUUACAACAGGACGUUGUUUGCUGGCCUGGAGCCGCAGAUUCCCAACGCCUACUGUAACUGCAUGAUCCAGGUGUUAUACUUCCUGGAGCCAGUUCGCUGCCUUGUUCAGAAUCAUUCGUGCCACAAGGAGUUUUGUUUGGCUUGUGAACUCGGCUUCCUCUUUCACAUGUUGGAUUUGUCACAAGGAGAUCCAUGUCAGGCCAGCAACUUCCUCAGAGCACUUCGAAACAUCCCUGAAGCCAAAGAGAUGGGCCUGAUCCUCUCAAACUGUGAGGAGACAACGGGAACAGUCGAGCUAGGUUCCCAAAGAUCAAGUUAUCGACACUGUCCACCUCUUCCGAUUGCCCUACAAGAGGAUGAUUUCUCUGAAAUUCCUUGCUUGGUAUUUUCUUGGCCUCAACAUCCAGGGAGAAACCCACGACAGCACGGAGGACUCAUGCACGGCCCUGAAGCUUUACAGGAAGUACCUGGAGCUGUAUCAGGAAGGAGGGAAUCAUUACAUGACGAAGGUGCUCUACGAAGUCUACGACAAAGGCUUCCAGCUGAACUGGAAAGUCCCGGAUUUGGAUGCGAGAUAGUCCGUCUGAGUGGACUGAAUGCACUCUCCUUCCAUCCACAGGUGCUGCUGUGCUUCCCUCUGGGACUGUGAGCAACACCAUGACCUGAAGAUGCUCGGGCUGCUUAUUCUGUAUCAUAUUUUAUAGUUAUUUGCUUUGAGUCAGUGACUCAGUUGUUUUUAUCAUAUCUAAAUGUAAGCUUUUUAUAUCAGAGAGGUUUA